ACGCUCCGUAACUCCUUCAAGUCGCGGGACUUGGAGCGCCUUUACCAGCGCUACUUCUUGGGCCAGCGGCGCAAAUCCGAGGUGGUUAUGAACAUCCUGGACGUGCUGACCAAGCUGACUCUGCUGUUCCUCCACCUGACCCUAGCCUCCGCUCCCAUGGACCCCAUUAAGGGCAUCCUCCUGGGCUUCUUCACUGGCAUCGAGGUGGUGAUCUGUGCCUUAGUGGUGGUCAGGAAGGACACAACUUCAUACACCUAUCUGCAGUACAGUGGUGUGGUCACUUGGGUGGCCAUGGCCACCCAGAUCUUGGCAGCUGGUCUGGGCUGUGGCCUCCUUGGGGACGGCAUUGGCUAUGUGCUCUUCACGCUUUUUGCAACCUACAGCAUGCUUCCGUUGCCACUCACCUGGGCCAUCCUGGCUGGACUGGUGACCUCUGUCCUGCAGCUCAUCAUGCAGCUGGUUAUCCCCAGGUUGGCUGUGACUUCUCUCAACCAGAUAGCAGCUCAGGCCGUGUUAUUUAUGUGUAUGAACACCGCAGGAAUCUUCAUUAGCUACCUAUCAGACCGCGCACAACGUCAAGCCUUCCUGGAGACAAGAAGAUGUGUAGAAGCCAGACUGAGGCUGGAGACAGAAAACCAGCGACAGGAGCGGCUGGUACUCUCUGUCUUACCGCGGUUUGUGGUUCUGGAAAUGAUAAACGAUAUGACCAAUGUCGAAGAUGAACAUUUGCAACACCAGUUUCAUAAGAUCUACAUUCAUCGCUAUGAGAAUGUCAGCAUUCUUUUUGCAGAUGUUAAAGGAUUUACCAACCUCUCUACAACUCUAUCAGCCCAGGAGUUGGUCCGAAUGCUGAACGAGCUCUUUGCCAGAUUUGAUCGGCUAGCACAUGAACAUCAUUGUCUUAGGAUAAAGAUCCUGGGGGACUGUUACUACUGUGUAUCUGGGCUCCCAGAACCUCGCCAAGACCAUGCACAUUGUUGUGUUGAAAUGGGACUCAGCAUGAUCAAAACUAUCAGAUACGUGAGGUCAAGAACAAAGCAUGACAUUGACAUGCGAAUAGGGAUACACUCAGGAUCAGUUCUAUGUGGGGUGCUGGGCCUGCGAAAGUGGCAGUUUGAUGUCUGGUCGUGGGAUGUGGACAUCGCAAACAAACUGGAGUCAGGUGGAAUUCCUGGGAGAAUCCACAUCUCCAAAGCCACUCUUGACUGCUUGAAUGGGGAUUAUAAAGUUGAAGAAGGGCAUGGCAAAGAGCGCAAUGAAUUCCUGAGAAAGCAUAAUAUCGAGACUUAUUUAAUCAAACAACCUGAGGAGAGCCUGUUGACUUUGCCUGAAGACAUCGUGAAAGAGGCUGUCAGCUCCUCCGACAGGAGAAACAGUGGGGCAACAUUUACCGAAGGUUCCUGGAGCCCUGAACUUCCAUUCGAUAACAUAGUGGGAAAACAGAAUACUCUGGCUGCCCUAACAAGAAAUUCAAUAAAUCUGCUUCCAAACCAUCUUGCACAAGCUUUGCAUGUCCAGUCUGGGCCUGAGGAAAUUAACAAGCGAAUAGAGCACACCAUCGACUUACGAAGUGGCGAUAAAUUGAGAAGAGAGCAUAUCAAGCCUUUUUCACUGAUGUUUAAAGACUCCAGCCUGGAGCAUAAGUACUCUCAAAUGCGGGACGAGGUAUUCAAAUCAAACUUGGUGUGCGCAUUUAUUGUUCUUGUAUUUAUCACCGCUAUCCAAAGCUUACUUCCUUCUUCCAGGGUGAUACCAAUGGUCAUUCAGUUUUCUAUACUGAUUAUGCUGCACUCUGCUCUUGUGCUAAUCACCACAGCAGAGGAUUACAAAUGUUUACCCUUAAUGCUCCGGAAAACUUGCUGCUGGAUUAAUGAGACCUACUUGGCCAGGAAUGUCAUUAUAUUUGCAUCCAUUCUGAUUAAUUUUCUGGGAGCCAUCAUAAAUAUUCUAUGGUGUGAUUUUGACAAUCCAGUACUACUGAAGAACCAGACAUUCAACUCAUCUGCAUCUUUUACAGACAUCUGUUCCUAUCCUGAGUAUUUCGUCUUCACCGGUGUGCUGGCAAUGGUGACUUGUGCAGUCUUUCUUCGUCUCAACUCUGUUCUGAAGCUGGCAGUACUUCUCAUCAUGAUUGCGAUCUAUUCUCUCCUGACUGAGACUAUUUAUGCUUCCCUUUUCCUGCAAUAUGACAACUUUAACCACAGCGGAGACACAGACUUCCUGGGUACAAAGGAAGCAUCUUUACUACUGAUGGCAAUGUUCCUUUUAGCUGUAUUUUAUCAUGGUCAACAGCUUGAAUACACAGCAAGGCUGGAUUUUCUGUGGCGUGUUCAAGCAAAAGAAGAAAUCAAUGAAAUGAAGGAAUUAAGAGAGCACAAUGAGAAUAUGCUACGGAACAUUUUACCCAGUCACGUUGCCCGUCACUUCCUGGAAAAGGAUCGAGAUAAUGAAGAAUUAUACUCUCAGUCCUAUGAUGCUGUUGGUGUGAUGUUUGCUUCCAUUCCCGGAUUUGCUGACUUCUACUCCCAGACUGAAAUGAAUAACCAAGGAGUAGAAUGUCUGCGCUUGCUGAAUGAGAUCAUUGCAGACUUUGAUGAGCUCCUAGGUGAAGAGAGAUUUCAAGAUAUUGAAAAAAUUAAAACCAUUGGCAGCACAUAUAUGGCUGUGUCAGGAUUAUCACCUGAAAAACAGCAAUGUGAAGACAAAUGGGGACAUUUGUGUGCUCUGGCUGACUUCUCCAUAGCCCUGAAUGAAAGCAUACAGGAGAUCAACAAGCAUUCGUUUAACAACUUUGAACUUCGCAUUGCCAUGGCUCCGUCGUAGCAGGAGUUAUUGGUGCUAAGAAACCCCAGUAUGAUAUAUGGGGCAAAACAGUUAAUUUAGCGAGUCGAAUGGACAGCACAGGUGUUAGUGACAGAAUACAAGUGCCUGAAGAAACGUAUCAGAUCCUGAAGGACCGGGGAUUUGCCUUUGACUACCGAGGAGAGAUUUAUGUUAAAGGUAUCAGUGAACA